CUACACUGACAUCACUGGUGGCGCAGGCUGACAUGAAAAACAAGACAUGAUUCACGAUUAUGCCAUUUCGCAGGUCUGUACAAACCAGAUCGAGUACGUGCGUCUAUUUAUUCAUCAUGCAACUGUGCAAUGAAAUGUGAAUAUUUUUUCAUCCAUAUAAGUAGGCUACUUCGAUCAUUUCUGAAAACGCCCCUACUACAAUUUUUCCAGAUGUAAUGACCAGAUUGCAUUAGGUAUGUUUACUGUUGUAUUUUUUACUUUAAAAUUUUUAAUUUGAGCGACAGACAAUUAAGACACGAGAAUUCAAACUGAAAACAACUUUGUUCAAUGAAGACCUGCGUACGUUUGAGAUUUCGAGCAGCCACCAGAGGCGGGACGAACACAGUGAAAAAGUGGGCGGAUUUUUUUCACUCCUCCUGACAGGCUCACAGCACUGUCAGUCAGUACGAUGGACCAAUAAGUCGAAUGAGCGGAUCGGAUAGGCGGAUUGGCAGGUACGCCCCCCUCUAGGUUGUACCGCCUAGAGUGAGUUCCCCCUUUUUCUUUUUUUGUAACUAACGCUGGAUGUGUAGAACGUCACAUGUUGUUUUUCCCUCUUCUGUCCAGUCACUCAGUGAUGUGUGUUAUUUACUGUUGAACUGUUGAAGACACCGAACGGCCAGCGCGCCGCUCAGGAUGGAAUAGUAGGUGCUGAUACAGACGAGUUCUUUGCACUUUUGAACAGAACGCACAAGUUAAAGAAAAGUCAGAGUACAAGACGCCAGGAUGGCGAGUCCACCAACGACGGUAGGACCUUUAUUUUCUAACGCGAACAUUAAUAAUAAUAAGAACGUUAAAAAAUGCGGGUACCUGAAGAAACAGAAGCACGGACACAAGCGGUUUUUCGUGCUGAAGGAGCAGAGCGAGGGUUUCCCCGCCAGACUGGAGUACUACGAGAACGAAAAGAAAUGGAAAAACAAGUCGGCUGCUAAAAGGGUUAUACCUCUGGACUCCUGUCUGAACAUCAACAAACGAGCAGACGCGAAACACAAACACCUGAUCGCCCUUUACACCAAGGACGAGUACUUCGCCGUGGCGGCUGACAACGAGCAGGAACAGGAAGCCUGGUACGGAGUCCUGACUGAUUUAAUGAAUGAGGGGAGACCGUAUGACGGGUCCGCGUCUAAUUCGGCGUCCUCUUUGGUGGGAUUUGAGGAGGCGAACUACGGAAUGAUCACGCCGGUGAACGCCGUUUAUAAAGAGGUAUGGCAAGUAAAUCUGAAAGCUAGAGGACUGGGGCAGAUAAAGAAUGUAACCGGCGUGUACAGGCUGUGCCUGUCCAGCCGUACCAUUAGCUUUGUGAAGCUGAACUCCGAGGUUGCGGCUGUCAUUUUGCAGCUUAUGAAUAUCCGGCGAUGCGGGCACUCUGAGAAUUUUUUCUUCAUCGAGGUGGGCAGGUCCGCUUCCACCGGACCCGGGGAGUUGUGGAUGCAGGCAGAUGACUCAGUGGUAGCGCAAAACAUACACGAGACAAUUUUGGAGGCCAUGAAAGCAAUGAAGGAGCUGUCAGAGUUCAGACCGCGAAGCAAGAGCCAGUCCUCUGGCACAAACCCAAUCUCCGUGCCCACGAGGCGGCACUUAAACAACUUGCCACCCAGCCAGACGGGGCUUCUGCGGAGGUCGAGAACAGACAGCAUGGCAGCGACGUCUCCGGUCAGCAAGUUCACUUCCUGCCGGAUACGAACGGCGAGCGAGGGCGACAGCACCAUGGCCCGCCCGGUGUCUGUGAACGGGGGCUCCGUCAGUCCCAGCGCCAGCCGGAUCCACCUGAACCGGUCCAACACGAUCAACGCCAGACCCUGCCGGGUGUUUGAAUCUUUACCGCUCCAGCACAGCAAAUCCAUGUCCAUCUCCCCCGUCAACCUGUCGUACAGCAGCGGCAAUGGCCCCGCCCCCGAGACCAUCCAACGGCCGUCCAGCGACAGCACCUCAGUCUCCGGGUCGCCUAGCGACGGCGGCUUCCUGUCUUGCGAGGACUGUGCGUCCAGUUCGGGCGACGCCAGGCACCACCUGGCCAACGGGAGCAACACGCCCGAGUCGGUCGCCGACACGCCCCCCUCCCACGACGACGGCGGCGGCGGCCAUGGCGACCUGUACGGCUACAUGCUGAUGGAGAGGCUGAGCGGCGGCCGCGGCCACCGGCUGUCGUGCCUGGACGAGGCCCCGGACUCCGUCAGCGCGUACAGGAAGCGCACCUACUCGCUCAACACUCCGCCCCAGCAGAGGGCGGCGACGCAGGUGUCCUCCGCCUCCCUGGACGAGUACACGCUGAUGAGGGCCACGUACGCCAGCGACCGCUCCGGGCGCAGCUCGCACACCGCCUCCCCGAAAAUCGUCUACCCGGAGGACUACGGGGACGUCGAAAUCGGGUCCCUCAGGAGCUCGUCCAGUAACCUGGGGGACGACGGGUACAUGCCCAUGACCCCCGGCGCGCCUCCGCCGGGGGGCAGGGGCGAAGACUACGUGCCCAUGAGCCCCAUGUGCGUCUCCGCCCCCAAGCAGAUAGUCAAGCCCCGGUCGUCGAUGGCGGACCCCCCCAGCAGCGGCUCGCUGGAGGACAGCGGGUACGUGAGGAUGUGGUGCGGCUCCGGCGCGGAGGGGAACCUGGCCAACGGCGAGUACAUGAGCAUGUCGCCGGGCGAGCCCUGCGUCUCGCUCACGCCCCCCGAGCCCCCGCGGCCGCCCCCCGCCCCCCCCCAGGCUUUCGGCUCGCUGCCGCGCCCGUGCAAGCCCCCGGUGGCCCCGAGCGAGGACGGCGACGACGAUGGCGGCGGCCAGUACGUGAUGAUGACCCCGCAGAGCGCGAAGAGCGGCGAGGAGCCGCGCUGCUGCCGGGCGCCGUCUCCGGGUUCGACCGUGGCGGCUCUGCCCGGCAGGCAGGGCAGGAAGGAGCCCCUGCUGUCCAGGGUGAGAGCCAGCCGGCCCACCAGGCUGUCUCUGGAGGCGGUGAGGACCUUGCCCAGCAUGCACGAGCACCCCCUGCCCGCCGAGCCGAAGAGCCCCGGGGAGUACAUCAACAUCGAUUUCGGGGAGCCCUCCCACGCCUCCCCGCCGUCCUCCUCGCUGGGCCAGCUGUCCGACUACAUGAACGUGGCGCUGAACGUCAGCGUCCCCCCCGGAUCGGGGAGCGCUGCGGCGGGGGCUCCGGAGGGGGGGGGGUCCGAACGGCAGGCGGCGGCGGAGGGGCGCCCCGCGGCGCAGGUCGACUCCGCGCAGCGUCCCGACGCGGCGAGGAGCGAUUACGCGGAGAUGGAUUUGAGAAUCGGUGCGCGGAGCACGGAGGGCAGCCAGACGGGCAGCGCCGCCCCCGGCGGGGGGCAGAGGCUCCCCCUGCCCGAGCAGGGCCUCCGCGGACUGGAGGCGUUCCUGCUGCCGGCCUCCCCCGCGCACCCGGACCGGGGGGCCAAGGUGAUCCGGGCCGACCCCCAGGGGCGGAGGCGCCACAGCUCCGAGACCUUCUCCUCCACCACCACCGUCACGCCCGUCUGCCCCUCCUUCGCCUACGACCCCAGGAGGCACGGCUCGGCGUCGGUGGAGAACGUCUCGGUCCACAACGGCGAGGCGCCCGACCCGGAGCCCGGCAGCCCCAUGUGCCGCCAGACGUCGGCGGGCUUCCAGAACGGACUCAACUACAUCGCCUUAAACCUGAUGGACGGGGGAAGCCUGGGAACCUGCGAGAGUCAGGCCAGAUUCAAGGCUGCCAGUCACUGCAAAAGCAGCAUCAACGGGAUCCACGCCACCGCGUACGUCAGCCUGGGGUUCAAAGAGGCAGUCACCACCGUUAAAGACUAAAUGGCAGACCCGCUUUGGCCCCGCCUCCCCAACGCUCAUCUGUGAGAGGAGAGGACGCGCGGGCAGCCGGUUUGGGUGUGGCUGCAGGCAUCCCGGGCCGUACUACCCAGACCAGACCAGACCAGACCCGCCCCGCCCCGCCCCAGCGUCCCACCCCGCCCUCCGCCCCCGCACCGAACUCUGCGACCAAGAGUCAUGGCGCUUCUUUACUCUGUAUAUCACAAGCUAUAACACAGCUAGAACCAUAGGCUCCAUGUAGAUUAACACAGGUAGAACCGUAUGUUCCAUGUAGAUGAACACAGGUAGAACCAUAUGCUCCAUGUAGAGGAACACAGGUAGAACCACAGGCUCCAUGUAGAUGAACACAGGUAGAACCGUAUGCUCCAUGUAGAUGAACACAGGUCGAACCAUAUGCUCCAUGUAGAUGAACACAGGUAGAACCACAGGCUCCAUGUAGAUGAACACAGGUAGAACCAUAUGCUCUAUGUAGAUGAACACAGGUAGAACCAUAUGCUCCAUGUAGAUGAACACAGGUAGAACCACAGGCUCCAUGUAGAUGAACACAGGUAGAACCACAGGCUCCAUGUAGAUGAAUACAGGUAGAACCGUAUGCAUCUUUGUUAUUUUGUUUGUUAUUCCCCACUUGCUGUGCUUGAGUUCUGGGCUGCGAGUGGCCAGUUAAACCUCAUUCAUAAACCUGUGAUACAGCCUGCUGCUUAUCGGUCAUACAGGUGAUAUUAGAGUACACGCACGCACACACACACACUCUCUCUCUCACACACACACACACCAGAGGGUUUCCUUGUGUAUAUGUAAGUGUUUGCAGUGUCCUCCUGCAGAGGUGGAAUUCCAGAAUAUCUGUCGAGUUGCCCUAAGCCCUACCUCAGAGGAAAAUGCCAGGUUGUUAACUUGCAAACUCAACAUGUAAACGAUUCCCUGAAUAUUCAAAGUUGAAUGUGUCAUAUUACCAAUCAAAAGCCUUACUAACUUUUUUCCAUGGAAUAUUUCUACUAAAGACGCCUGGUUUGGACCCACACAUGCAGAAUAUCAAAGAUGAGCCGUACGCCAUGAAUGUGUCUCAGCGAUAUGUGAAACCGUUGCUCACUUUCCUCACAGACAACUUUCUGAAGUUGAACUUGUACUAUAUUUAUAUUUCUUUCAAAUAUUUAUUUUGAUAUGAUUGUUAAUUAUUACGCGGAAGGUAACGAGGAAGAUGUUCAUUAUUAGAUUAAAAUUAAAUAUUUAUAUAUUAAAAGAAAAUAUAUAUAUAUAUACACGUUCGUAUGCAAAAGAUACUCCUAAGAAAAGGCUGGUCUGGGACGCUGGUGGGAGGGGAGACUCCUGAUGUGUUCCGGACUUGAGCAAACAGCACCUCUUUACUGGUGCAUCGAUAAAGCACCGGGAUUCAAAUCUUCGGCACGUUGAUACACUUUAACCUUUAACCUCAGUCACCCAUCAUCCUCUGCGGUGAUUCCCCUGCACUCACAGUCCGCCCCGUCUCUGUGCAUCCCCCCCCCCCCCCCAACUGUGACGGGCACGUAGUUUUUGCGACCGCCUGGCCUCUCGCCGAAUGCGAUUGGCUGACGGGCACACCGGUGGAACGGCCGGCGAAUGGGGUUGAGCGGUGAAACUCACCGGUGCUGCUUUCAGGGAUGUUCGGGGCAUGUUCACCGUGGGGAGACCCGGGACUAAGCGCUCAACUGCACCAUCGCAAGGUCUUGCACAACGAACACCUAGAUCACACAAAAGACAGGUUUGAAUGUAGAGCAAUUCAGUGUUCGCCACUGGAGAUAAAAUGAGGAAAAAAUAAACGAAACAUUUAAACUACAUUUAAAAAAUCGGUGGAAGGAAUGUAUCUGGCCCGAAGGCCUGAUCCCACUUCACUCAAACGAUGUCCAAUGCUGUACAUAGUGUAUAAAGAGAGUCUACAAAUAAAACAAGUUGACGUUUGUUUAUCGUUUUAAACUUUGCUUAUAACUUAAGUCAUUUACUACAAAUGUGUGUUUGAAUGAAUUCCCCCCAAAACAACUAUAGCACUAACACGGGUCUCUGCGUAAUGCUGUUGUUGGGCCUGGUGGAGACUCUUGCAGUCUGUUGGAAUGCCACUAAAAAUAUUCUCACAAUGUUGUAAUGUAAAAAUGAAAAGGAAAAAAAAACUCAAUACUUGAUGAGUACGAAUCUUACUACAUAGGUACAGUUCACCAACAGCAUAUGCAAUAUUUACAUGAAAAAUAACUUAGUUUACAGAAAGGAACCAAAUGUAUAAAUAUUGUAUUUUGCUGAUUUUUCUCUCCUCGCCCCCCAAUCGGUUGGCUCUGAUCGGUGUAUUCUUCCUGAGUAUGCAUCUGUUAUUUCUAAAUAUCAAAGGGUUAAAUAUGAGGCCUGACUGAUCUUGCUGUGUCUUCCAUUGUCUAUACUUCAUAUACUGUUAACUGUGAUCCUAUAUAAAGCUGAUAAUUUAAAACUAGUGUAGUAAAGUAUUGCUUUUUGUCUGUACUGAUUAUGGAUAGCACAUGCAAUAAAAGAUUAUUUAAGAAAAUG